UUUUUUAAUACCAAAGAAACUCAUAAUUCAUCAUCAUAGCAUAUCACACCAACACUUUAUAUUACAAAUAUGAGAAACAUUAUAAGUCUAUUAUUUCCACCUCCUCUAUUGUCAAUAUUUUCUAUUUUUAUAACCAUAAAAUAACAAACAACUAUAAUCAUUGAUAAUGCCAAUAGUUGUUGUACCUUGGAAACUCCUAACUUUCUUUUUUGUUCUUUUCACUUUGUUAUCUUGCACUUUCUCUAACAUAUUCACCAUAACAAACAAUUGUCCUUAUACUAUAUGGCCCGGCACGCUUGCCGGCGCAGGAACGCCGCCGCUUCCAACGACCGGAUUCCAGCUUGACUCAGGUCAAGCUGUGAAACUAACUAGUGUUCCUGGUUGGUCAGGUCGGAUAUGGGCGAGGACCGGUUGCACAUUUGAUGCAACAGGAAUCGGGAAAUGUCAAACUGGUGAUUGCGGUGGAAGGCUUGAAUGUGAUGGGAAUGGUGCAGCUCCACCUACUUCACUUUUUGAGAUUACACUUGGGCUAGGUAACCAACAAGAUUACUAUGAUGUUAGCAUGGUUGAUGGCUACAAUUUGCCUUUGCUUGUUCUACCAAGAGGUGUAUAUGGUAAUAGUGCCUGUAAUUCUACAGGUUGUGUAACUGAUCUUAACAGAGGUUGUCCAAAAGAACUUCAAGUGGUUGGUGGUGAUGGAUACCAAGGUAGUGUAAUUGGUUGUAAGAGUGCCUGUGAAGCAUUUGGAUCAGAUCAGUACUACUGCAGUGGACAAUUUGCUAAUCCAACAAUAUGCCAACCUUCCUAUUAUUCCACAAUUUUCAAGAAGGCUUGUCCAAGAGCUUAUAGCUAUGCAUUUGAUGAUGGAAGCAGCACUUUCACUUGCAAAGCUUAUGAAUAUGACAUUGUGUUCUGUCCUACUAGCAACAAGAUUAACAAACCAAAUGGUGCAUUUCCUCCUCCACCACCGCCAUCAAUUGGAUUUCCUUACGAGAAGGUUCAGCAAGACAGUUCUUCUUCAAGUAUUAUCAUCUUGCCCUUUCGAGAAACAGUGUUUCUACUAGUUAUCAUAAUCUUGAUGUUUAUAGAGAAGACUUUGCCACUGAUUUGAAGUAUUGCUAGUAGAGAAUCACACAUGUUUUUCUUGGAAAGUUAGAUAGAAACAUGGAAAAUGAUAUGCAGUGAAAAUGAAUCACAUGAAGAAUCAAAGGAAGGAGAAUGCAGAUAUUACUCAUUCAGAACUCUAAGAUGGAAGAUGAUGAAAAACCAAAACCAGAGACUCUAUUAAAUAACAGCCAGUCAUAGUUUCAAGUUAGGCUUGUAAAUCUCCAAUAAAAAAAACUUUGGAAUAAAUUAAGAAAAUAGUAAGUUAUUUGCAAUAUAACCAGGAUUAGAGAAACUCAAAUUAGUCAU